CUCCUUGUCUCUCUCUCCUUGACUCCUUGUCUUACUCUCUUCUUGUGUCUCUUCUUGUUCUUUCCAUUCCUCUUAUCUUUCCGUGAUGGCUUGGAUAGAAGUGGAACAGAAAGUGUUCCUGUGUCCAGGUAUCCUACGAGGCGUGUACCAGAGUGAACACCUGUUUGAGUCCGACCACCAAUCAGGAGCCUGGUGUAAAGACCCAUUCCAGGCCUCUGAUAAGAUUUACUACAUGCCCUGGACUCCCUACCGCACGGACACUCUCACAGAGUACUCCUCCAAGGAGGACUUCAUCGCAGGACGACCGACGACCACGUACAAGCUGCCUCACCGUGUCGACGGGACCGGCUUCGUGGUCUACGACGGGGCUUUAUUCUUCAACAAGGAGCGGACGCGCAACAUCGUCAAGUUCGACCUCCGCACGCGGAUCAAGAGCGGCGAGGCCAUCAUCGCCAACGCCAACUACCACGACACGUCGCCGUACCGCUGGGGCGGCAAGUCGGACAUCGACCUCGCCGUCGACGAAAUGGGCCUCUGGGUUUUGUACGCCACGGAGACGAACAACGGACGAAUCGUGGUCUCGCAGCUCAACCCUUACACACUCCGCAUCGAAGGCUCCUGGGACACCACCUACGACAAGCGGACCGCCUCCAACGCCUUCAUGGUGUGCGGCGUGCUCUACGUGGUGAAGUCCGUCUACGAGGACGACGACAACGAGGCCACGGGGAACAAGAUAGAUUAUAUGUACAGCACCACCCAGAGUAAAGAAACCUUUGUGUCCAUCCAGUUCCCUAACUCUUACCAGUACAUAGCAGCAGUGGACUACAAUCCCAGAGACAAUCUGCUGUACGUCUGGAACAACUACCACGUAGUCAAAUACUUACUGGACUUCGGGAACAACGACAACAGAUUGGGACAGUCUCUAGACUACUUUAGUUCUGUGGGUUUGUGUAAGGACAGUCUCUAG